AGAGCACAUUUAAUCAUGAAAAUGAACACACUUCUCCUUGUGCUCGGAAUCACGUGUCUCCAUGUCACCGUGGGUUUCAAGUCAUUUAAGCCCCUGUCCUAUAUCCAGCUACCGACAAGUCUAAAUAGCAACAGCGAAGUUUUUGGCGGACUCGACCUUAAGGCGUCAGAGGGAGCCGCUUACGACCCCGUAAACUCCAUUCUUUACGUUAUUGGAUCAACAAGUCAUCUGAUGCACGCGAUCGAUAUCAUAGACCCGGCGAAUCCCGUACGUCUUUUCAAACACAGGUUCACAAUAGGAGAGGGCGUACCUCAGGCAAUCGACGUCUGUAGAGGCGAGAUCGCAGUGGCCCUUUCUGCACAGACGGACACGAAUGAAGGUCACGUGAGAUUCUACCGCACGUACACGAGGGGCUCGGGGGCAACCGACGUUGUGCAAAUUGGCUAUGUGGCAGUUGGCUCGCACCCGCAGGAUAUCAAAUACACACCCGACUGUAGGAGAGUCGUGGUUACUAACGAGGGGUCAGCCGGAAAAGAUGAAGGCGGGGCUUACAUAGAUCCCGAAGGCUCUGUCACCAUCAUAGAAGACGAGAGAACAGGCAACCCAAGCGUCCAACAAGUCGAUUUCCUUAAAUACAAUGUUGAACAGCCAAACUUCGACAUGCGGAUAAGGACGCCUUCCCUUUACAUUCCGAAGAGCGUGUACAAUGGUGACACGACUGUGGCACAAGACCUCGAACCAGAACGAAUUACAAUCAGCAGCGACGGCCGAACCGCCUGGGUUACACUGCAAGAAAACAACGCUAUUGCAAGUGUCGAUAUUCGUAACGGCACAGUUACAUCUGUCAUCCCUUUGCCGAGGAAGAACUGGCAAAACAUAGGUGUGGACGUCAGCGACAGGGACGGAGGUGUUCACAGACGGACAUACCCAGGCCUUCAGUCACUCAGGCAGCCAGGAGCAAUUGCAGAAUUCGAAAUAGGCAGCACGAAAUUCCUUGUCACUGCAGACGCCGGUGGCAUUAAACAGUACACAGCCGCUCAGCAUGGUUUCACAUGGUCGGAUAGCGCCGUUGCAAAAACUAUCGCCGCACAGAUUGCAAACGCCAACCUGAAGAUCAAUGCUUCCGAUGACGAAUUUCUUGGUCGGUUGUUAAUAAGCACUGUUGACGGCAAGAACGCCUUCACGGGCUUGUAUUCACACCUGGAAAUGUUCGGUGGGCGUGGCUUCUCUAUCUGGGACACCAACAACCCGGCGGCCCCCGUGUAUGACACCGAUGGGACUCACGAGAUAUACAUGGAGGGCUUCUACAAGCCAGUUUUCAACACCGACUAUGUUAAAGCAACGGCCGCUUACACGUCACCUGAAAUGAACCGAGACUUUGCCUCUGAGUUUCAGGGUGCGCACGUGUCUGCAAUCGACGUAGCAAAUGACAACGGCACUGUACUGCUGGUUGCUGGUACUUGGUCCUACUGGCACGUUGUUUCUGUACACGGUGGACACGAGUACCGGUCAGCCUGUCCCACAGUAUAGGGCAUUAUACCGCUCCGGAAUCACAGACGAUCCCUGGACUGAUCUGUACUCAAGGAAAACCGUCGGCGAUCUCUAUAUCUCCUCUGUCGGCAUUAUCACGAGUGACCAGAGUCCAGUGAAGCGCCCCCUCGUGUAUGUGACCAGCUCGGGUGCCGGAGCAGUCUCUUUGUACGAGAUAGAGGACGGGACCCCAAUUAUCGCGCCUUGAGCUUCAUUUGAAGUUGAUUUUUUCUACUCUGUCAAAAUCAAAUAAAUCUGGUUUGUUUUA